GACUAACAAUUAUAAGCUACAAGUUCUAUGUUUGUUUGUGUUAACUAUUUGCGUCGUUAUAAACGAUGUAAAAUGUAACCUAACGCGAAAAGAAUGCCGCAAACAGAUUUAUAUUACCAACCAUUUGAUUUCGAUAUUGUUUGGCGAUCAAAAUGCCAAACUGGUUAAACAACUUGUAUUGAAACAUGGUUACGAUGGAGCUGCUGCAUUAUUUUAUCCGCCAGAUGAUAAGUUGUUGAAAGGCCAAAAAGCAAACGGUCCGGUAUAUACUAAAAUAUACGAAAAUGAACAGAUAAUUCAAAGGGAAAUAAGUGCAAUCCUAGGUAAUCCGGUUUUUGAUGGAAUGGAUUCAAACGAUCUGGUAUUUAAUACAAUAUUCAACAAUGAAGUGAGAUUGGAAAAACCCCUAGGGUUAGACCGACCCGGAUCAUCAUUGGUCACAGGUUCCUAUAACACAGCUGUGAUGAAGAGAAGAAAUCUUAUAAACUCAGCAAUCUUCUAUACGCUCAAUGACAGUAUGAAAAACGUCCAAAUGUGCGUGAAUGGCGAAAGCAUGAAAUGUGCAUUGAUCACGUUAAUCGAGGGUACACCGUAUUAUCAGUUCAAACAUAAAUAUCGAUGUGCACAUAAAGUUUAUUGCAUUAUAACUUUAACUGUGGCCGAGAAUAGUUGGGUAAAUAACGAAAAUAUACAAUGGACUGAAACACUGACAAAGACAUUUCGAGAUCAAUCAUUUGACGUUGUACGAAACUGUUAUAAAAUAUUUUUCGAAAACCCAGAAACUCACAUAUUCACGGAGUGGACACACAGCAAAGAAAAUAUAGUAGAAUCAUUUGUUUCAGACGGAGAGUAAAAAUUUCA